CACCACCAGCAGCAUCACAUCAUCGCGCGAAGGCAGCAGAAGUCCUCGCCAUGUCGUACUUUUUCUCCACCCCCGUCGAUAUCGACAUCGUGCUCGAGGACACUGAUGACCGCGCCGCCGUUGACGUCAAGCUCGACAAGACUAGGAAAGAGAAGGUCCCGUUAUAUCUAGAUGGGGAGUCAGUCAAGGGCGCGGUCACAAUCAGGCCUAAGGAUGGAAAGCGGUUAGAGCACACGGGCAUCAAGGUGCAGUUUAUUGGCACAAUUGAGAUGUUCUUCGAUCGGGGCAACCACUACGAAUUCCUCUCCCUAGGCCAGGAACUUGCUGCGCCCGGCGACCUCCAGCACCCGCAGACCUUCGAAUUCAAUUUCAAGAAUGUCGAGAAGCAGUACGAAUCGUACAACGGCAUCAAUGUCAAGCUGCGCUACUUUGUCCGCGUCACCGUGUCUCGACGCAUGGCAGAUGUCGUGAGGGAGAAGGACCUCUGGGUGUACUCGUACCGCAUACCGCCCGAGACGAACAGCUCCAUCAAGAUGGACGUCGGCAUUGAGGACUGCCUCCACAUCGAGUUCGAGUACUCUAAGUCAAAAUACCACCUUAAGGAUGUCAUUGUGGGUAGGAUAUACUUCCUGCUAGUGCGGUUAAAGAUCAAGCAUAUGGAACUCUCCAUCAUACGAAGGGAGACGACCGGUGCGGCGCCAAAUCAAUAUAACGAGAGUGAGACGUUGGUUCGAUUCGAGAUAAUGGAUGGCUCUCCCUCGAGAGGAGAAACGAUCCCUAUCCGGCUCUUCCUGGGCGGAUUCGACCUGACCCCCACUUUCCGAGAAGUCAACAAGAAGUACUCAACGCGAUACUACCUCAGUUUGGUGCUCAUAGACGAGGAUGCGAGGCGAUACUUCAAACAGUCAGAGAUCGUCCUGUUCAGACAGGCCCCAGAAGGACUGACACUAGCUCAAGAACAGAACAAGUUGAUUGCUGCAUCAUGAAGCAGGCCAGUAAACCUACGCUGAGGCCUCCUGGGGUUGAAACGCGGGGGUCGAGCUGGGUUAUUGCCCGGUUAUGCCAAGCAUUGCGCGGCCCUACCACCAGCGUGGUCACCACCAUGCACCUUUCAGAACGCCGGCUACAAAGCCUUUGGGUAAUCCCUGGUCCGCGUAUUCGGGAUAUGGAUAUCCGCCGACUUUAUCGGCUUGUACAUACCACACUGUAGCCUCCAAAUCUAGUAAUACCCUUCUCAGGUACUG